AUGUCCAUUGUUUAUGCAAUCAUUCUUGUUUCUCAGAUUCCAAUCGGCCUCAUGCACGGGAUUUUCCACUACGAGUUCAUCAUCGAGAAUCGCUCGACAUGUGCCAUUGUGAGCAUCGCCGACAAUUCGGCUACGAUAGCACAAGCAAGAGGGUAUUUCUUUACAUUCAAUCUUUUUGGCUAUGUUCUACCAUUGGGAAUCCACUUGUGUGCUGUACUAUUUUAUGCUCAAUCGACUCUGGCAAACGCCAAGGCCAGGCACUUGCAA